CCGUCAUGGGCGCGAGGCGUCGUUCUGAGGCGGAGUGAGGGAGGCUCGCAGUCCGUCCGGAGCGGAGGAAGAGGUGGUGGUGGUGGUGGAGGAGGAGGAAUGGGGGCCCGGCCCGCGAGUUUCCGCAGGGGUCCUGGGCCAUGAGAGGCAGGGCCUCGGCAGGGAGCGCCACACCUGCCGCCGCCGUCGUGAGGGAGCGGGCUUAGCUCACUGCUAUGGACAACGCGAUCACCUUGUGGCAGUUCCUUUUGCAACUCCUUCAGGACUCUCAAAACAAGGAUAUUAUUUGUUGGACCUCCAACGACGGAGAGUUCAAACUUCUGCAGGCAGAGGAGGUGGCUCGCCUUUGGGGGAUCCGUAAGAACAAGCCUAGUAUGAACUACGAUAAACUCAGUCGUGCUCUCAGAUAUUAUUAUGUGAAGAAUAUCAUUAAGAAAGUGAGUGGUCAAAAGUUUGUUUACAAGUUUGUGUCCUAUCCAGAAAUUUUGAAUAUGGAUCCCCUAGCAGUUGGCAGGAUUGAGGGUGAUGCUGAAGCACAGACAGGCAUUGUAGAUGCUAACAACACUACCAAGGAAACUGAGAACUGUGGGAAGGAGAAGCCUCAAUCCUGCGCAAAAUCCUCUAGUCGUAAUGACUAUAUCCACUCAGGCUUAUAUUCUUCAUUUACUUUGAACUCCCUUAAUUCCUCCUCUUGUGUAAAACUCUUUAAGCCAAUCAAGAUGGAGAAUCCAAUUGAGAAAGUGGCAGAGAAGAAAAUUCCUCAGGAGUCUACACCUUCAGUCAUAAAAUUUGUGACAAUGUGCUCCAAAAAGCCUUCACCAUCACCCCUUGCCUCUACUGCUCAACCAACAUCUAUUAUAUCAGCUGUCCCUACCCUCUCUUCUAGCUCUGAUGAAAGUCUCCAGGUUGUAGAGUCUAUAGUAACACCAAAAAUGGCGACCACUGAAACCUCAACAUCUUUGCCAAGUUUGACCACCAAUUUCACCCCUACGCCUCCUUCAGCUUCCGUUUCCCCUGCUCUCCAGGUUCCUCCCAGAUCUCCUUUGCCGUCUUUAAAUUCUAAUCCCGAUCUGAUUAUAGACACAGAGUCUGACACUUGCCAGGAGCUGGAAGAAUCUCAGGAUCAAAUCUUGGAGUUUAAAGAGCAGAGUUCCUUCAUGGUAGAAAAGGAACUUCGUCUUAGUCGAACUAGGAAGCCAAAAGGGCUGGAGAUUGCCCCCACUGUUGUCGUUACUGGCAGUGACCCAAGCCCUUUGGGAAUACUAAGUCCUUCUCUCCCUACUGCUUCUCUUACACCAGCACUUUUUUCACAGACACCUAUUUUGCUGACUCCAAGCCCCUUGCUCUCCAGUAUCCAUUUCUGGAGCACCCUUAGUCCAUUUGCUCCUCUCAGUCCGGCAAGAUUACAAGGUGCUAACACCCUUUUCCAGUUUCCAUCGGUGCUGAAUACUCAUGGACCAUUUACGUUGUCAGGAAUGGAUGGGCCCUCCACUCCUGGGCCUUUUUCUCCAGAUUUACAGAAAACAUAGCGCAUGGCUUUCUCGAAAAAGGACACAUUGGAAAAUGAGAGGAAGGUUCAUUAAAAUGAUGCAACCCAAGGAGUGAUUGGUAAUUCCACAGGAACAAUAUAUACUGACUUGAUUUUGCCAUUCCCAGUUGAAAUGCCUUUGCAGAUAUUCCCUUCAAGACAUAAGGGAAUUAAUAUGGAAAUGCCUUAAUUGGUGACUCUGCUCUGUUAUCUGUUCUCUCGCUUGCUUCUUUUUGGUUUAGGAAGUUUUUUUCUUGGUAAAGGGAACCUAAUUUUGUAUGGAUACAUUGAUUUAAUUUGUAGUAACUGAUAUCACAGCCACAGACAGCCACCCUUUUGUUGGAUAAUCUUAUGCUCUUUUUCUGUUUCACUAUAUUAUUUUAUUGGAAGUUGGAUUCCAAAAAAACAGCUGGAAAGCCUUUAAGAUUGUUUUUAGUAUUAUUAAUUUCUGUACUGCUGAUACAGGAAUGUAAUGUAUGGCUUUGAAAGGAGAAACUCUACAAGUGUAUGUUGAUGGUAUACAAGAGAUUUAAACAAACUACUAGGGGUGAUGAAUGUAGAUAAAAAAAUCUAUAUACAUAUCCUAAAAAACAUCAGUUUAUCUCCUAGCAGAGGGAUGGGACCCUUGCAGGCUUCCAUGUUGGCAGCUCACAGCAUUCUUUCUUUGGCUAAGCAGAUUUAGGGCUCUUGGGAGUUGUAGUUCAACAUCUGGAGGUCUGGAUAAUUCCUGUACCCUUGCACUUCAGCUGCAUACUGUUGAAUGAUUCAAAGGUGCAUAGAUCAUGGAUGGAAAAGGCUUGGUCUUCAAAAAUUAUUUGAAUUCUUCAAGUGAGGUAUUACUUGGUAGCAAAGAAAAGAGAAAAGAACAUGGUAAAUUAGCAAAUAAACAGACUAGGGAGCUGUGCUUUUGUGUGUGUGUGUGUGUGUGUCAGGAGCAACUUGAGGAACUGCAAGUCGCUUCUGGUGUGAGAGAAUUGGCCGUCUGCAAGGAUGUUGCCCAGGGGACUCCCAGAUGAAUUGAUGUUUUUAUCAUCCUUGUGGGAGGCUUCUCAUGUCCCCGCAUGAGGAGCUGGAGCUGAUAGAGGGAGCUCAUCCGUCUCUCUCCGGAUUCAAACCUGCAACCUGUCGAUCUUCAGUCCUGCUGGCACAGCUGUGCUGUAGGUGUGUUAUGUCAUCAGAUUAACUAUAUAGUUGUAAAUGUUGUGUUAUCAAACUGCUUGACAAGAAAAUAAGGCAUCUAAAAAAAAGGAAUCACUUCGCUUGGCCCCACCUUUGUGUGAUAUAUUUUGUGUUUAAGUCUGAGUAAUAGCUGAACUAAACAUUUUGGAUGCAUAGAUGCUCCUACAGCCAAAAACAUUAUAUCAUUACUGGAAACUUUUCUGUUGAUUACAAUGGUAUGGUGAGAGUGGUAUAACUUGGUUAUAAUCUGAAGGGAGUUAAUGGUAGUCUUUAACUUUCUGGUGAGAGAAUAGUUCAGCCUUCCAUCCCCAAAGAAAUAUCUUCAGAAUGGGGUGAUAUGUCAGCAUUCCUUGUUAUCUGGAGACAACAUUCUGUUGACUUGCAGGUACCGAAGUCUUGCUUUUAUGAUCCAUAUUGGAAAACAUGAACUGUUUUCACUCAGAAUAAUUUUCAUAGUUGUAGCCCUGUAAGUCUCUUGCAGCAUAAAAAGAAGGAAAGAAAAGGGAGAAAUAAAAGAUGAAAUAUAGUAGCACUUUUAAGACUAUUUUUACAUGAGAUUUCAUGGAUAUUAACCCACUUUUUUCAGAUGCAAUACCCAGAACAGAUGUUUAUACUAGUGGUAGUUUCGGUAUAAAGAGAUGCACAAAGAGUUAAGAGUAUUUCUGCAUAAAUGUUAACAUGCAGACUCUGGGUUGGCAGGUGCCAAGCUCAUAAGUAUAAUUUCUGAAAGCACCUUAAAUUGUGUAGUUCUAGGAACUAUUUAUUAGAAAUUAAGUACCAGAAAUGGUGCCUGAUAAUAUUUCAGUGAUCAGGUCAUGUAGCUUGGGAGUGGAAGCUAUGGCAUUGGGAAGUCUUGGUUGUCUUCUGUCAGAACUACAUCUGAAUUCUCAUCAUAGUCACAAUGGUGACUAUUAGUGGAUUCUUUGGGUGCAAAGAUGAUGAAAAUGUGGUAACCAUUUGCACCAAUAUCUCUGGUGCAAAGCUAAAAUUAUUGGAUUGGAGGGAAGGUGGUAGUUCUGUUUUGUGUGCAUGGAGUCAUCCAAGAUUGGGCCUUUGUGAAUCCCUGAAUAAUGGACUACUUGAGUUUUGUCCUAAAGGGAUUUCUUCAGAUCUAGAUUAAUUUCAAACUCUAUUUGGGCAUUUUCCUCUAAAAGGGAAAUAGACAUAAACUAUCUUGAAUGUCCCCAGGCAUCCAGCAGUAUCAGAGGCCAUACAGAGGACUGAAGAGGGUUUUGUAACCACAUUAGAUUGAAAAUAAUUACAGAGUUCUCUUGAUUGGGGACUCUGAUAAGGCGGUUUUCCUGAUAAUAGGAGUUACGUAACACAGCAGCUCUGAAUGCUGUUGUUAAGCCCUCUUCAGAUCCUCAGGGACUCUUCUCAGGCAUUCAUUUGAGUUGUUUGUAAUUUUAUAUAUGGGAUGCCAUUUUAAUAUGAUGAGAUUUGAUCCACAUCCACAGAUUUUGAUAUCCACAAGGAAGUUCCGGUACAAACCCUUAGUGAACAUGAAGGAACCACUAUAUAUUUGGUUGCCCUCCCAAACACAGUCAUAAUAAAAAGUCUGAUGAGAAGAAAAGAGUACAGCUUUGAGCAUCCAUUAUUUGGAAUUAGAAAUUCUCCAGAACCAUCCAUGUAGUGUCUGAGAUGGUGACACGUUUGCUUUGUGACAAUUCAUUGUACACAACCUUUGUUUAAUGUGCCAAAUUGUUUAAAAUGUUUUAUGAAGUUACAAUCAGGCAAUGUGUAGGAUCACAUAUAAUGAAUUUCAUUUAUAGACUUGAUUUCCAUCUACAAGAUCUCAGUAUGUACAUGUAAUAUGUAAGCAUAUUCCAAAGCAUACUCCUCAGUUUCAUAUUCCAUACUGAAAUCCAAAGCACUUCUGGUCCCAAGCAUUUUGGAUAAGAGAUACUCAACUUGUAUCUAAUUCAUCAGCCCCCCAAAAGACAGUAGACAUAGAUUGGACUUUAUUGAGGCACUUGCCAGUGUAGAAGGUUCCAGUAGGAGGGGAAAGGCGCAGAUAUAGAGAAAUAAACAUCAGAAAAGCAGCCUGCUCCGAACUACUAUUUUGCCAGACUUCCCUUCACCUUGGAAAGUAACAUAGGGUUCUGACUUGUGUGUGCUGUCUAUGAAUUCUAGCAGGUUACUGUGAGUUCUUUUCAAGACCAAAUAAGAGAAUGAGUAGCUAAUUCAAGGACUGUUUGAAGCCCUCAAUGUGUUUGUGCAACUCUCCCCAAAUUCCCCCAUUCAAAACCAUAAGUAAAAGGGAAUGAAUGCUCCUCAAAGCCUUUGCAAAUAGUAAUUCCCUUAUGAAGUCAGGGCUGUGCUUGGAUGUGAGAUGACUUUUUCUGCAUUUUUAAAAUUCAUUUUUUAAAAGUUGGAUUCCUGGAAACUUCUGUUUUGGGACAUUCAACCCAUGACAUGGUCUCUUCAGAGCAGAGGGGAAAUUGGCCACUGGGCACUUGUCACAGUUGCCCUUUCUUAAAAAUGGAAUUUGAAAGGUUCUUUUGUACCAAAAUUGAAUGUGCAAUAUUUUAUAGGUUCUUUUCAAUAAAAAUGUACAGAAAAACAGUUGAAAAUAGUAGACGAGGUUGUGCAUCCUCCAUUCUUGUGUUUGCACAGUGAUUUUUAUGCUGUUUCUAUUGGGCAAGUAAUAGCACUUUUUAAGGGCAGUUUUUUUAAACAAAGCUGGUUGUUGUUGGUGUGUGUAUUAAGUAGAAGAGUGUUCAAGUGUGGUUCUUGCUUUAAAUUCUUUUUGAGCACUAAAAGAAUGGCUCUUAAACUGUUAGCUUGCUGUUUUCCAUUAGCAGGAAGAAAAUCUUUCUGAAAAGAACUGUAAUUGGUUGUGUUAUAUGCGAUGCACCUGUGCAGUAUAUAUAAUUAGACAUACAAGUGAAUCCAGAUUAUCUUAGUAACAGGUUUUUUUUUAUUCUACUUUCAUAAACCAGAUCCAUCAGUUUUACAGUUCCACUGUGGAAGCUGGUUGACCAUCCAAGGCUGAAGUUUAAAUUUGCUGAAACUCUGUGGUUUCAUUAUAUGGAGGCUGUAUAUAUAUAUAUCAAUGUGGUUUUCAAUCUUUGUCUCUGCCUUAUAAAAAUAUCAGUCAUUUGAGAGUUUAUAACAGAUAGUCAUUGAUCUCUUGAUGGAUUAUUUCCAUUCAGGGCUGAACAUUGUCAGGAACCAAAAUUUGGACCAAUGCAUCUGGUUCUGAAAAUUUCCGUCUUUGUUCAAAUGCACAUGUGAAAGUAAAGAAUUCUGAAAAAAAAAAUCUGAUUAUAAAGGCAGAAGUUAUUGCCCAGUUUUUAAAAGGCAGCUUGUUCUUCUUUGCCUAUUGACUCUUUCUCCUCGUUUUUCAUUGGCAUUGUGAUUUUAUGCCAUUGGGCCUUCACCUAAACAACCUUCCAAGUUUUCUGGCCUGCAAUCCACUUGAGUAAAUUAGCUCUGAGUCCCCUUUGGGGUGAGAAGGGCGACAUGUAAAUGCCAUAAAUAAAUAAACAAAUAAAUAAAUGAUUCCUGCCAGGACCUCACUCCCCCAGUAAGGAAAUAUCCGUUCCCAAAAUAUAUUUUCAGAUUGUGAUUCAACUGGAUACAAGUAAGGAAAGAACUUACUGCUUUCAUGUCAGUUUUCCUUUCCGCAACAUAGCUGUUUUAAAUAUCUGUAAUUGCCCAUAUUUUCGAUUAUGAUUGAUGUAAUGAAUGUCUGAUGCUUUCUUUUUAUUUGUAUUUUGCUGACAACAGAGUCACUCUGAAGUGUCACUGAGUUUUCUUUAGUAAUUAAUGAUAUUUUAGUUCUAUUCCUAGUUUUUCUGAUAGAGAAAGGAACAAUGCUCGUAGUCUAACAAGUUGGCAGUAGUGGUGCCAUCCAAGUGUGUAAUGGGUUUAUUUCGUCAUUCAGAAUUUACAAUCUUUAGGACAUCCUAUAUCAUUCAUCUAUCCACUUCACAUUGUUAUUGCAUUUUACAGAACAAUAUAUAACAGACAUUUUGUCAUUAAAAAGGAAAAUACGAAGGGAUGCUCAAUCAACUAAAAUUUAUAUUUCAAAUUUGUCAAUUUUGUAGUAAGGAUUUCCCCCUUUCUUUCGUCAUUUCCCUCAAUGAGAAAUGACAAAUGGUCUUCAGGAGAUCAUUGGAAUGUAGUAUUAAUCUGAAUUUCCCAUUUUUGUAUAAUGACAAAUGCUAGUAUAAUUAAACCACAGUGUAAUCAGCAAGGGAAGGAGGGAACAAAUGAGAAUACAGCAUCUGACCUAAUUCAGUAUCUGUUUUGUUGCAUUGAUGUGUUCUUCUUUUAACUAAAAGCUGGGCAAAUCUUCCCGUUAGCACACAGAAAUUCUUUAUUUAUGAUCAGUUAUGUAAACACACUUGACAUAUUUGCUCAGUUCUUGUGUUUGAGUACAUCUUAUUCUGGGAAAAGAGUGUGGUGGGAUAAAGAAUGGAGUUCUUGUUAUACACAAAACAUACAUACACUGUAUGUUUACUCAGACAUGCUAUUGAUUCCAAUGUGACUUGUUUCAAUAUAAGUUUGUGUAACACCACAGUCUUGGAAAAGUGAAAGGAUAGGAUGCUGGUCCAUUCAAAGGGCAUCUUUCAAAGAUUAAAUCUUCAUAAUAUAGGUUUUCUUUUAUCUAUCCCUUUUCAAAUGGCAGUAAGCAUGGCCUUAUGAUAGCUUGGUGUAUAAUUGUAUUUUUCUUUCUUUUGACCCAGUGGCUUGUUAUUUCAGGAAUGCUCAUUUCCAAAGUCAUUUUUUGCCUGUCAGUUUCAUCAUGAGUGCUUUUGUUCUAUUUUCUUGGUGACUUUUUCAUUAUUCAAGUUAGUGAGCACAAUGUGAUACCGAUCAUUGCAUUGCCAACUGUCCACUGAACAGUCUUCCUUGUUUUCUGUCUGGUUUAGUACUUGGUUGGGUGAAACAAGCAAUAUUGGCUUUAGUUGUCCUUUUACUUUCAAAAUAGGAAAUCUAGCUAGUGAGCACAAUCACUCAAUAGAGCAUCAUAAAAGUUGCUAGUCCCAUCUUCUAUGAGAAAUUAAGUACAAAUGAGGAUGAGUUACUGAAUUUGGAGAAAGAUAAGUGUGCCAACUAUACAGUAUAUUUUCCUCAUUAUCCAAACAAUCCCAUGCUGAGAGUACCUGUCUCAAUGAUUGCACAUUUCAGGUUGCCCGGCUAAGACUGUUUGCGUCAAAAGAAGUACUGAUCACAAAAGCAUAACAAUUUUGCUAUUGUCAUGGCUAUUCAACUCUUUUCAAACUAUAGAAAAAUCUGACUAAAAUGUGAAUGGUCCCUCUGUCAUAAAAUUAUGUAGACAUAAUUUGACUCAUCCAGAGAACUGUCAAGCAAGAGCCUUUAUGUGAUUCCAGUGGAUAUCUUGAUCUUUCUUUUCUUUGAAUGCCACUUUGGACUAGUUUUUGAAAUCUGUUACACCAGCAGUGAGGGUUUUGCUGCUAUUUCCAAAAUUUGGAUGUAAACACUCUUUAUAAUGAAAGAACAAAUUCCAUGAUUCUCCAUUUCUCCCCAACACUCAUCCCGCUUUCCCCCAGGUAUAGAAUAUUACUAAUCAAAUGGAGGAGGCUAAUCCAAAUGUUUCGGGGAAAAUUGGCGUUAAGAGUCAAUAUACUAUAAUAUAAAGGACCCAUAUGGGCAUCUAGAUUGUGUAUUUAUUAUAUAUACAUGAAAUGUACUGCACUUUGUAACUGCAGCUUUUAAAGUAUCUUGCACUUUCAGGAUUUCUAGUUCUAUUUGUUAUGCUAUCCUUUGUCUAUCUGUUGUAAUAUAAAUUUUAAACUAUAGGAUAUGGUGUGAUUUUCUCCCAAAGUGUCUUAAACUCAUCUGGGAAUGGGUUCAUGUGUAACAUUCUCCAUUCAGUGGUUCAUAUCAUUUAAUAAUCCAAAUGACUGAAAUUAAGCCAAGUUGGGGAACCUUUGGCCCAGAAGUUGAAAUGUUCUCCACCCCCAAGCGAUGGUUUACUUGACUAAUAUUCAAUCUUGAAAUGAAAAACAUCUCUUCAGUUUUCUUUUCUGUGAUCCUUGGUAGUAGCACUUAAUAUGAAUGAGUGAACUGGUCUUUAACUGAAUUGUUGUCAAAUUUGAAUUUGAUAAAACAUUUAUUUUGAAAUCUUUUAUAUACAGUGAUUCACUCAAAAGCAACCUCUUCUCUGCAAAUUGAUCUUAUCCCCUUUUGAAAACAUCUCGGACACUGAACAUAUUGUAGCUAUGAAUUUUAUUUAAAAAGAAGACUAGAUUAAUUGGAAAUUUCUAUUUUCAGUUUGUCUUCACAUCUGGAUGAUCUUUAUAACAUGGCGUUUCUUGUGGCUGACAUAAUAGUAGAGCAAAGCAUGGUGAGGUGAAUAUUUGGGGUUUCUAGGAGGCCUUUGGAGCUGUGCGAUUUCUUUGGUAAUAAGUUUUGAAACUCUCAGUAACAUCACUGACUUUCAUUCUUGCUGUGCAGUUGCACCCACUUCUAAAUGCUCGUAAGUGUUCAAGGAUGUCUUUUCAUGAAUACUUUGUAAACGGAAAAAUAUUGUCCUACAUAAUUUGUAAAAAUUUCAUUUGUAUGUUAUUGCAGUGUUACCAGAUGGCCUUAUGUACAUCACAGUGCUUGUGAUAAGUACAGUAGCAAACUUUUUGUUUUCUGUUUAUUUUCUCAGUUAAUACUUUUCUGCAUCAUGGAAGAAUAUGCAAGGGAAAUCGAGAGGUUGAGAAGAGUGAGAGGGUAGUGGGAAAGCGAGCCAAUUAGCAUAUAUAUGAUUUAGAGGCACCUUGAGGAGAAGAGAUGUGGUUGCAGGACCUGCAUGAUUUCAAGUAGGUGUAUACAGAUAAAGGGUGGGCAACUAUCUGCACAAGUUUGCGGGCCACAUUGGCCACCUGCUGGGUCACAUUGCCCACCACUUCAUUGUUUUGUGAACAAGUUUUUCAAUUUUUCCCCAAUCACUCAACAUCUUCAGGGAAUAUGUAGAUCUGUUUUAGACCCUUUGUUCAAUAAGUAAAGUCAACAGGAAUUGACAUCUGGUUUACAUCUUUAUUACAUAAAGGCCUUUUCCUGGGUGUGGAGUCUAUUUGACAAGUGGGUGUGUGCAUGGAGGCUUUUAUUUGACAAGGAUAUAUGUGUAUGCUUUGAAUUUUUUUGAAGUUGAUUGAAAUAAAUGGAGGAGGGUAUUUCUUUUUAAGAAACAACUCUGUCCAGCCACCACAGUCAGCCCACCCUGAUGUAGAUGGUGUCCCUGCCAUUGCUCUUUUACUAGUAAGCUAACAUAGUUGAUUUCUUCUUUCCCUAACAAUUUGGUUAGUGCUCCUAGAGGAAUCUCUUCUUUAGCCAGAAAAAAGUAGAACAGCCUUAAUUAUUCACUUCUAACUGAAGACGUGAUCCUCCUCCAGGCUAAAUAGCACAGGAAGGAGGAAGUGAAGAAAGUUAUGCUUGGAUCACAGUGUUUUUUGUACUGCAGAUGGUAUCACCUUCUAAGCUAGAACAAAGGAAAGGCCCUACUCUUGGAAUGCCUUCCUCCCUUUAUCAAGCUUUUGCACUAUUUCUUGGAGAGGAAAAACCACAUCUAAAUUUAUGUUAUCACCUACCUGCCCUUGUGCAAACAUUUGUGACCCACUGCAGAAAGUGGAAUGGUUCUUGGCUUUGCAUGGAUGUCCUGCAACAUCUGUGCAUCCUGAAAUAUCUGGGAGUCUGUUUCAGUGCACCUGAGAACCAUCUUUCCCAAUUGCUGAAUGAUCCCAGUAGCCAAAAUCUCAACAUGAAGACAUGUCUCUCAGAUUCACUGAAACAGAUUGCUGGAUAUUACAUGUUUCAUAGAUGUUGCAGGACAUCCAUCCAAGGCUAUGCUGUCUGAUUUCUUAAUAUCUUCCUAAUAUUUAGCCUAUUGUUACAAUAUUUGUGUGGAGUUAGUUGUGAGAAACUAGUUUCUUCAAGUCUUGUUCCAUUUUUUAACCAUUGAAAAUGUUUUAUCUUUUUAUAUAUCCAGUAUAUUGAUGCCAUUGUUAAAAUGAUGCUGGUGUGUAAUACAGUUGCAUAAAUAGCCAAAGUUCUAAGUGACGUUUCAGUGUUACUGCUUUGACCAAAAGCACCUCUGAAUGAGAUAUUAGGAGGACCUUCAUGAUGUUGGUUAGAAAGGGAAGAAAAUGUUGGGAAAUCUUUUUAAAAAGGAACAUGCUUUAAAUGUAACCAUGAAUUCUACAAUAUAAGGUGUUCAGUCAGGGACUGCACGGUGGGUCAUACUGUUUCGUGGAUUGGUUUGCAUUUAAUGGUUGGUGUAUUAUUUGUUGCCUAUCAAAACAUAAUGAAGGUCUUUUGUGAAGAAUCAGGUGUUUUUUCUAUUGUUUAGACUUCUGUGCAAAAAGAAAAAAAUUGUGGCAGUUUUUUAAAAAAAACAAUUUUGAGGGAACGUUAAAUAUUUUAAGAUCUGACAAAAAUUGCUUUGUAUAAUAAUGUAAGCUGGCUUUAAAUGUAGCAAAUCAUGUUAAUAUGUAUGUGCAAUCAGACUUGGAAAACAGUUGUAUUUUUUUAAAUAAAUAUUUUUAAACAAAA